UUUAUGCUGAUGGCUUGCACAGAUACCACAUAGGGGUAGUAUUGUUUAGGAAGCUUAAAUGAGGAAGAUACUUGACAAGUAACUAACAUAACCAGCCCAUCCUCCACUCUCUUUCUCCCGGCUUUCGCUGAUUGGUUGUUCCGGAGGAGUCUGAGUAGGCAGUGGACAUGCUUGUCACGUUUUAAGUCGCGACUGGUAGAGGGGGAAGUGGGGGCUGGGAAGGUUAGAGUGAGUGAGAGAGAGAGAGAGAGAGAGAGAGAGCGCUCAGCAGUACGAUAAUGAUGCUCGAGUCAGGAUAAAAAAACCUAAUGUACCACGGGUGCCCUUAACAUAGCUCAAGGAGAAGGAGGCAAGAUGGCUGCCUGGUAGCGUCUACCUCUGAUGGAGGAAGUAGAGACUGUUACAGAGGAGUGUUGCAAGAUAGAGGGUGUAGUGUAGGUGGGGAACAAAGACAAUACAAAAGCUCAGAGAAAGAAGCAAACACUGGCUGAAAAGACAGGUUCAGAAAGGAGCACAGUGGAUGGCCCCCGAACAGACCAAAUGGAAGAGGGGUCAACCAACCAUGUUGGUGAAAGCAGGUUAAGAUUAGAAAUGGCACCAAGUCUGGUGAAUGGAGUAUGUAAUCAAGAUGGACAUACGAUUGAUGUGGAAUCAAGUGAAUGGAUGGAUAACCAGAGACUCCCUCAACACCCCAAUGGAAACAACAAUCGAGGAACAACUCCAAUACUGAACCAAGUUAGGAACCAUGUCAAGGAAGAUCUGAUUACUACUGCGGAUACUGUCAUCCUGGAUGAUGCUAGAAAGUUAACUGUACUCCCUGAAACAGUCGUAAGCAUACCUUCAUAUAACUCACCAGCAGAAAACUCUCAGCCUUUACACAGAAUUAACCUUUCAGAGAAAUGUAAACUAGAGAUUAAUAACAGCAGUGACGCAGUGAAUAUGAAUGAUGAUUGUCCUCCAAAUAAUGAUUUGGGCACUUUGACCACUGCAUGGACCCUUGCAAAAAAACAUGGGAAGAAACCACCAAAUUGCAAUUGUGAUGGGCCAGAAUGCCCAGAUUAUCUAGAAUGGCUUGAGAAAAAAAUAAAAGCUGUUCUUAAUGAAGAACAUAAUAGGACUUCACAAAUCCCUGAUAAAAUCAGUGAUAUGCCUGUGGAAAAUGGUGCUUUACCGAAUCAUUUGCCUGUUUUGGAGGAAGCAUCUAUUUUUGAUUCCUCUGAUGUUCCUCAAUAUUCUCAGAGUGCGUUAACCAUUGCAAAAGAGAAAAACAUAAGUCUUCAGACAGCAAUUGCCAUUGAAGCCCUUACACAACUGUCAUCAACACUUCCACAGCCAUUGUCAGAAGCUUCAUCACAGAUCAACAGCACCUCUCAAAUUGGUGAUGCCUCAUCUGGUUCCAUUGAGGAAAAUAAUGUUCCGUUGUCUGCAUCUUCUGAUGCCAUUCAGGGCAUGCAAGAAGACCUCAAUCAUCAGCAGAAGAAUAGGCAUCCUUCUCUACAAGAACAUCCUGGUCAGCAAAUGUUUCCAGAAUUACAUUCUCAAGUGCAAACUCAGUGGGAACAUCGAAAGAAAACAGCACAGAUUGAAGCUCACUACAUUCCAGCCAUGAAAACAUUACCAGAUCCAUUUAAUAACUUUACAAAUUCAAUAUCAACUAUAAAACAAACUGACGAAGUCUCUGCUCAGAGGAGGAAUACAGUCAGUGCUGAAGGAAACAUGCCAGUGUUCAAUGCUCAUCAGCCAGUUACUUCAAUAAAUGACCCUAUGACUGAAUUAAAGCAGCUAUUAGACAUUAACAAUAGUAACAAACACCCUGUAUCAUUGUUUAAAAUGCCUAGCUUAAUUAUGCAUGAAGAUGCAGGCAUAAAAACCCAACAAAAUUUAUCAAUGCCAUUCUCCAACUUGGUAUCUGGAAUUGAGUUUUAUGGAAUGCAGACUGAACAACAGUCAUCUCAGUCCAUGCAACAAAUAGAUAUGCAUCAAAGAAGUAAACAUCAAAAAACACAGGCAGCAUUACAACAACAUCUACAUCAUAAACGCAACCUGUUUCAAGUGCACUGUCAAAAACAGAACCAUCUCCAUGAGCAGCAAAAAUGGUGGUCACAACAUCAGCCACAUCUAAAAAGGCAGAAGCAAAAGAAACCGGUACACGAAAAGAAGAAAUUACAGUCAACAUAUAAGCAGCGUAAAGAAACUCAGCUUCAAAAGACGCAAAAUAUUCAACAGCAACUUUUCUUGCUUCAACUUCAACAAAUACAACAAAAGAAAUUACAACAAAGUCUACAGCAUCAUUCAUUACCACAACAGAAACAGGUCUUGGAUGGAUUCCAGCAAGUGGAAAAAAUACAAAAUAAUUAUGGAACAGGGGAAAAUGAAGCACAGUUACUACCACAACAGGAUCUUCUUAAGGAACAGCCGAAACAGAUAGCACUUCAACCAACUUCUGAAGUUUCUCAGCAGAAGCAACCAGAUCACAGUGAGUCAGCAAUUACUCAGGAGAGUCCCACCUUUAACAGGUCAGUGUCAAAGGAAAUAUACAGAUCUCAACUAGAUUCUUUCUUGUCUAAUGAAAACAUUGAAAAAUAUCCACAAUCAACUCCAUUGAAGAACAUCCUUGCCAGAUGUGCUGAUGAUAAAGAUUCACAUACUAAUUCAGUCUCCAUGCCUAUUCAAAUACAACAAAAUGAUGUAUCAGGACACAGUCCUCGCUCUUUUGAAGAAAAAAUUGAGGAACUCUUAAAACAAUUUGAAGCUGAAUUUGAACCAGGCUCAACAUCACAGCAAUUCCAGUUUACUCCUCAGAAUAACUCAGCAUCUCAGGGAGAACCAAAUCAAAACCAGAUACUUUCCACUGGCUCUCAGCUUUCAUUUCUCAGUCAAUCUGGUGAUUCACACCAGAGUAAUCAAAUAUUGUUUUCUGGGAAAAGUCCUUCUCAUGAACAACAUGAGCGCAAACUGACCAAUAUAAACAACAAAACCAAUUCCACUUUGCAGGAUAAUACAAAAUGUUGUAAUGACACUUUUUUGACUGGAUACUCAAAACACAUGAAAGUUGAAAGCUCUGGUGCUAUUACAGUAUUGUCGACAGUUUACUCUGGAGAAAAUAUCGAUGGAUCUUCAGAAGGCACACCCACAAAAAGUACACCACUCACCCCUUCCCUCACUGGUUUUUUGGAAUCUCCUUUGAAAUAUUUGGAUACCCCAACUAAAAGCUUGCUGGAUACCCCAUCAAAAAAAGCCCAAAUGGAAUUUCCAUCAUGUGACUGUGUUGAACAAAUCAUAGAAAAAGAUGAAGGUCCAUACUACACACAUCUUGGUUCUGGACCUACUGUGGCAGCAAUUCGUGAACUAAUGGAAGAAAGAUAUGGAGAGAAAGGGAAAGCAGUUAGAAUUGAGAAAGUCAUUUACACAGGCAAAGAAGGAAAAAGUUCACAGGGUUGUCCAAUUGCAAAAUGGAUAAUAAGAAGAGCGAAUGAAGAAGAAAAGGUCCUCUGCCUUGUACGUGAGCGUGCUGGUCAUCACUGUCAGAAUGCUGUUGUUAUUAUUCUUAUACUUGCAUGGGAAGGCAUUCCUCGAGCUUUUGGGGACAAGCUGUAUGAUGAACUUACAGAGACUUUAACAAAGUAUGGGAAUCCUACAUGUCGCCGGUGUGGAUUGAAUGAUGACCGCACAUGUGCAUGUCAGGGAAAGGAUCCUGAGACCUGUGGUGCUUCCUUUUCCUUUGGCUGUUCUUGGAGCAUGUACUUCAACGGAUGCAAAUAUGCCCGCAGCAAGCAUCCUCGAAAGUUUAGACUUCUGGGGGACAACCCUAAAGAGGAAGAUUUACUUAAAGAGAGGUUACAAACUCUCGCCACAGAAGUUGCACCAAUAUAUAAACAGCUUGCACCCCAAGCCUUCAAAAAUCAGGUUACAAAUGAACAAAUAGCCCCCGACUGCAGACUGGGGAAAAAAGAAGGAAAGCCAUUUUCUGGUGUAACUGCAUGUAUGGACUUCUGUGCCCAUGCUCACAAAGAUCAGCAUAAUAUGUACAAUGGGUGUACUGUGGUUUGUACAUUAACGAAAGAAGACAAUCGCAAGAUAGGAACGACCCCAGAUGACGAACAAUUGCAUGUGCUUCCAUUGUACAAGGUGUCAACAACUGAUGAAUAUGGUAGUGAAGAGAAUCAGAAUGAGAAGAUUAAAGCUGGAGCAAUACAAGUGCUUACAGCAUUCCCCAGGGAAGUCAGAAUGCUGCCUGAACCAGUUAAAUCAGCACGUCAAAAGAAACUAGAAGCAAAGAGAGCAGCUGAGAAACAGAGAAACCAAGCAAAGAAACUUCUGGCUGGAAAACUAAAACAGGAAGCUUUGCAGGAAGAUUUGCAGUGCAGUGCUCCACAAAACAAAGAUAUGACAAUGGCAACUGCAACACCCCAACAUCACAUUACACCUUCAAUCAAAAUAGAACCGCAAGAUCACUACAAUUCCUACAAACACAGUGGAAAUUCAGUUGUUGAGAGUUACACAGUGCUUGGUAGCUGUCGACCCUCCAACUCUUACAGUCUGGGAAAUGUCUAUCCUUAUCAUUCUUACUAUGCAAGGCCAACCCUGCCUUCCAUUAACAAUUUUCAUCCAAGGUAUUCAUUCUCAUAUGGAUAUUAUGGUUAUACAAGUGACCAAUUAUUUCCCACAUCAUUCCUUAACUAUGGCAGAAAUGAUACAAGACCAGGGAGUUUCUCAGGAAACAGCUUUGAGAAGAAGCCUGAUGUACAGGAGCUGUGUGCUAAUUUCAAUCUUGCCCUCAGAAGUAACAGGAUUGAUUGCUCCGAACAGGCUGCAGAGAUGACACCAAAGCAGAAUCAUCAACCCAUGUUCCAAGGAGGAUCAGGAUUAGUUUCUCAAACAUCGUUAUCUACAACAUCCAAUCAAUCACAUCAAAUACCUGAGGAAGUCAAAAGAGUUCCACAAAAUGCAAACAGUGUCAAUCGAUUUAUCAAGCAAGAGCCAGAUGACUCUGUUUCCUAUUCACAAUCCUGUCGUGGGAUAUCUAUGAAUGUCCAUGCAGUAAGCAGUACCUUUUCUCCUCUACAAAUGCCACCUAACAUAGCCCAUCAAAGAAAAUCAUGGGAUAUGUUUAAACCAAAUGGUAGUUUAAUAUCAGCUGGAACAUCUGGUCAUGAAAAAACAUGGGGCUUAUUCAAUCCUACUGAUAAUGCCAACUUAAUUAACACAAAUGUUCAUGAAAAAUGGAAUUCAACAACAUUGAAUAGGAAUGCAACAGGAAUACCUGCAACAAAUAUGCAAGAAAAGCCUUGGAAUUUGCUUACAGAUAGCAGAAGUGCACCACCAGUGCAAAAUGCAAAUCUCCAGGAAACAAUGUGGGAUUCAUUCAAAACAGGUGAAACCAGAUCACCACCCUCAAUCUCAUCUAAUGUGAAUCUUAAAGACAAAUUAUGGGAACCUGUGAAAAUACAGAACAACUUGUCAAUUAUAUCAGGACCUAGUCUACAAGAUAAACCAUGGGAUUUGUAUAAAAUAAGUAACAGUAAGCCCUCAGUAUCCAGCAUAAACCCGCAUGAGAAAGUAUGGGGUGAAAAUGGAACGAUGUUACCCAGCACAAAUUUGGAAGGCAAGCAGUGGGAUCUUUACAAAGUAAACGAAAAUAAGUCAGUAUUACAAAAUGCAGACCUACAGGAACAACUGUGGGAUCCUUACUGCAUGAAUGAAAGCAUGGAAGAUUUGCCUCCUGAGAAUGUUAAAGAGGAAGAAGAGGAAGUCUGGUCUGACAGUGAACAUAAUUUUUUGGAUGGGAACAUUGGUGGAGUUGCUGUGGCACCAGCUCAUGGUUCUAUUUUAAUUGAAUGUGCCAGAAGAGAGCUUCAUGCCACAACUCCAUUAAAAAAACCAAACCGGUGUCACCCCACACGGAUAUCGCUUGUGUUCUACCAGCAUAAGAACUUAAAUCAGCCAAACCAUGGCUUAGCUCUCUGGGAAGCAAAGAUGAAAAUUCUUGCAGAAAGAGCAAAACAAAGACAGGAAGAAGCAGCAAGAUUAGGCUUGCCACUGGUAAACACCAAGCUUCUUGGGAAAAAACGCAAGUGGGGCAGUGCACCAACUGCAGAUAUUGAACAUGACAAAAAAGACUACUUUCCCACACGUCAGGCUAUGACCAUCACAACAAACACUGUUAUCACUGUGUCUUCAUAUGCCUAUACCCAGGUAACAGGACCCUACAACCGCUGGAUUUGAGAUAUGUACAACCUUGCGGCCAUUUUACCUCACUACAGCAGCUGUUUCUGUUGCUGGUUGCGGUGCUUUCCUCUGAUGAAUAUACUGUAGAGGGGAAAUUCCACUCAAGUGCAAAUCAUCUCGAAAGCUGCACUCUGAGCAAAGAAUUUUAAUUACAAUUGAAAAUUUCCAGUUUUAGUAAUCUAAUUUAUAUAUCUACAUGUUUUUGAACUUAUAAUUGCCCAUCAUACUGAGGGGUAAAAAGAAAACUUUCUAUGUCAAAUUAGAAGAAUAGUAUUUAUUGUACACCUUUUGUUGUCUUUGUUGUUCAAAAAAUAAUCAUUUGUUAGAGAAGCAGCUACUACUUCAGGGCCAGGUUAAUUCUGACAGAUAAUAACAUCUCGACCUGUUGAAUUAUAUGUGUAGGGCAUCAUCUGAAGCAAAACUAAAAGAAAAAGAAAUUGGUGCUUUUAAAAAGAAUAAGUUUACAGCACAGAGUUCAUUUUUUAGUCACAACAGUAAAAAUCAUCGACACAACCCUUAGCCCAGCAACUUAAAUUUGUAAAUGUAUUUCGCUGGCCUGGCUUGUUGGUGCUCUAAACCUUAUUAGCCUGAUGUUUCAAUUGAAGCAUCAAACACAUGCACUUAUAUGUAAAAAAAAAAUUCCCAUUGUGCCGUUCAGAGGUAGACUAUAUGGCAAUUACGAUCAUGGUGCUCCUCCAGCUCAUUGUUUUUACAAUUUUCAUAACAUCUCAUUUCAUUGAAAAAAGAAAUUUACAGUACAUCUAAUGUACUACUUAAGGCAAGCUUAAUUGAUAAUCCUGAAGUCAUUUUAUGAUUGAUCAUCCAGUUGUGUUUCACGAAACAUCUAACUUGUAAUUGCAGUAGAACGUGUACUUUCGUUAUCUCAAUUUGUGAGCAGCCGUUUUUCUGUCUCAGCUGUACCAGUGCAAACAAAGAUUGAUUAGGUAACCACAUUAACAAAAUUGUUUUUUUUUAUUGCAACUGCAAUUAAAAUAAAACUAUUUGAGAAUAUUGUAAAUUUAGACUAAAUCAUAGAUGCAACAACAGAACUGUACCAUUGAUUACCAAAUUUGUGUCUUC